AUGGAGAACAACCCAGCAGCAGGCCGCGCGAGGCCUGUUUAUGAUGCCUCUCAAGGUGGGCAUUAUGGCGCCAGCGCUUUGCUCGCGACUCAAGGUUUCGCGCCCAGUGAGCUUUAUACCGGUCCUUGGGCAAAUGCGCAUCAAGGCCUCACCGGUCAGUACAAGGACAUCUUGACUACAUACUGGCAACACACCAUCUCCCACCUCGAAAACGACAACCACGACUACAAGAUCCAUCAGCUACCGCUUGCGCGCAUCAAAAAAGUUAUGAAGGCCGACCCCGAGGUCAAGAUGAUCUCCGCCGAGGCUCCCAUCUUGUUCGCAAAGGGUUGCGAGAUCUUCAUCACAGAGUUGACCAUGAGGGCCUGGAUCCACGCCGAGGAGAACAAGCGCCGCACUCUUCAACGUUCAGACAUUGCAUCCGCUCUCGCCAAGUCUGACAUGUUCGACUUUCUGAUCGAUAUCGUCCCCCGCGAAGAAGCAUCCAGCCACGCCAAGCGAACCCAGACCGCAGUUGCUCAACCGGCACCUGCUGGUCAGGCUCAAAUGCCAGGACAGCACACGAUGACCCAGGCACCCAACCAGGCCCAUCCAAUGGGUGGUGAUUACAUGGCUGGGCAUGGCCUCGCUCCCGAUCAAGACUACCGCAAUCAGCCCAACAUGUAUCCCGACCAAUCAGUGCCUAACCCCCAGGCCGCAUACGGCCAGACCCAGCCUCCGACUAUGAAUCCGUACGGCAACAUGGGCGACAUGUAUUCCUACUCAGCCAUGCCACCACAGCAGACAAACAUGCCAAACGAAGAAUUUGAACAGUAG